GUUAUGUGACAGAAGAGUCUCUGCGAGGAUGAAGGGCAAAGUUUAGAAGACCGUGGUGAGGCCGGCCACGAUGGACGGAUUAGAGAGCACUGAAGAGACGUCAGGAGGUGGAGGUGGCGGAAAUGAAGAUGUUGAGGUUCGCUCUCGGAGUGACCAGGUUGGAAAAAAUUAGAAAAGAGCUCAUCAGAGGGACGGCCGAGGUUUCGAUGUUUUGGAGACAAAGUUAGAGUGAGCAGACUUCGAUGGUUUGGACACGUCCAGUGGAGAGAAAGUGAGUAUAUUGGCAGAAGGAUGAUGAGGAUGGAGCUGCCAGGCAAGAGAGCUCGAAGAAGACCAAAGAGAAGGUUGAUGGAUGUCGUGAGGGAAGACCAGAGGGCAGUUGGUGUUCGAGAGGAGGAUGCAGGAGAUAGGCUUCCAUGGAAAAGGAUGAUGCGCUGUGGCGACCCCUGACGGGACAAGCCCAAAGGAAAAGAAGAAGAAGUGGUCGUGAUAGUGAAACUAGACCAGCGUUGCGAUAUCUCAUUCAAAAGAUUGAACAGAUUUUUUCAGUCAGGGGUAAUGACAGCAAAAUAUGCAGUUUUCAGAGACUUUUAUUUUGAAAUACAAUAUCAUAUCUUCAUCAAACCUCUUUUCGUGGAGUCCUUGGUGGUCUGUCACACAGAUCUGGACUUGUCUUGCGAUACCAAUGGGAUUAUGUUGGGGUGGCUUUGGCUCUGGAGGUAGAACAGGUUCGAAUCCCUGCUACGACUGUCCGCACGUCGAAGUGUCCUUGGGCAAGACGCUGAACCCUAAUUGGCUCCCAGUGGCCCUGGCAGCAGUCGCCCAUUGGUUUAGGAAUGUGUGUGUGAAUGUGAGGCUUUGGGCACUGUGAUGAUGUAGAUAAAGCGCGAUAUAAGUGCAGUCCAUUUCCAUUUAUUUUUCCUAAGAUAUCAAAUAAAGUAUAUUUUUUAAUGUAUGGAUGUAAUCUAUUUCAAGAUUCAAAUGAACUUUGCUGGUUGCAUUCCUUAACUGACGUCCGUAUUAUUCGGAAGCUUUUAUUUUGAAGGUGGCUUCGCCGCGAGUUGGCGACCUAUUACCGUAAUGCCGAGUAUGAACAAAAUUAGGGGCGGCUGGCUUGGCUGCUACUUUACGAGUGGAGGCUGCUUGACCGCAGUCUUUUUUCGGGGACCGCACGCGCUUCCACGCGCUGCACAACAUUUUCCUGAAUUCGCACCGAACGUGCUGAAUCCUCGUCACGGGAAGUCCAUCAAUACCUCACAGGGCUAAAACAUCAUUCGUGCAAAUCUUCUUGUCCGGUUGGAGUCGCCUCGUGCACGUUGAAGCCAUUCGGCUUAGCUUCGUUUAGCUUAGCUUAGCUUAGCAUGCUAACAAAGAGACACGUUUGGGAUCAACAUUUCGCUAAGCAGAGAAAAAGCCUGAGCGUAAAGUGUUCUUCUUUCCGUCACCUACGAGUUCGGACGUGGACCAGAAUAUUAAUACGAACAAUGAAAUUAGAUAAAAACAACAACUAGAUGAUCAGCUUUGUUUGUCUGAGGUACUGAAAUAACACCUAUUUUGUGAAUCCAUUUGUAGAAUCUCGACAAUGUUUUCUCUCCCUGUCACAAAUGAGCUAUUUUCUUUCUGUCUCAUAUUUCUUCCAAUCAUUCCGUUCUCCUGUUUCCUCUUGUUGACUUUGGUGCUUUGCCAUUUUAACUAACGUAGUGUUUAACCCACAGUGUCCAAAUCGUCAUCUCGAUGUCAUCUGACUUGCACUUGCUUUUCUCAUCCCUCCAAAGUGUUGCGAUCGUCGUGUGAAAAUGUGUGCAAGGACAGCAGAGUACGAGGAGGAACUUUGGGGCCCAAAAGAGGAGAAGGAGCCACAACGUCAACUGCUGGACGCUGCGUUCAAUCUGCAGCCUCGAAUUGUGCUACGCAGAGCAGACGUCAGUGAAAAUCUUUAUCCUGAGCGGCAGCAGUCAGUGUCCCCUCACAUCAAAGAGGAAGAGGAGGAGGAAGAGGUUCAACACAUCAAAGAGGAGGAGGAAGAGUUCCUUCACAUUAAAGAGGAAGAGCAGGAGGACAUCAUCAAGGUUCCAUCGACUGGUGUCCCUUUGAAGAGUGAAGAUGAAGGUCGACGUGAGGAGAGACGAGGGGCGGAGCCACCAAACGGCAACAGCUCAAGAGAUGGAGACCACUGUGGAGGAUCACAAACAGACGGUGAUGAUGAUGAUGAUGAACAGUUGGAAGGUGAUAUGACAUGUCACACUAUCAGCAAAUGCUGGAAAUGUUCUAAAUGUAGGAAAACCUUUGCUUCUAAGAGCAAUUUCAAACAACACGUGAAAAUACACACUGGAGAGAAGACUUUUGCAUGCUCAGCUUGUGGGAAAAGAUUCACUCGGAAGGGGCACUUAAAAAUACACACAAGAACACACACUGGUGAGAAACCUUUUGCAUGCUCAGUUUGCGGUCAAAGAUUCAAUGAAAAGGGAACUUUAAUUAUACACACAAGAACACACACUGGUGAGAAACCUUUUGGAUGCUCAGUUUGUGGUCACAGAUUCACACAGAAGGGAUACUUAAAAAUGCACACAAGAACACACACUGGUGAGAAACAUUUUGCAUGCUCAGUUUGUGGUCAAAGAUUCUCUCAAAGGGGACAUUUGACAAGUCACACAAGAACACACACUGGUGAGAAGCCUUUUGCCUGCUCAGUUUGUGGUCAAAGAUUCUCCCAAAAGGAAAGCUUAAACAGACACACAAGAACACACACUGGUGAGAAGCCUUUUGUCUGCUCAGUUUGUGGUCAAAGAUUCUCCCUAAAGGAAAACUUAAAUAGACACACAAGAACCCACACUGGUGAGAAACCUUUUGCAUGCUCAGUUUGUGGUAAACGAUUCUCUGAAAAGGGACAUUUGACAAGUCACACAAGAACACACACUGGUGAGAAACCUUUUGCCUGCUCAGUUUGUGGUCAAAGAUUCUCUCGUCAGGCUCGGGUUAAGACACACAAGUGUCCUGGUGAGAAAAGCAGUGAUCAAGAAGCUUUUAAUGCAAAUGUAAAUGUUUAAUAUAAAAGUAAUGACUAUGUGACUGACAGAAAUCUACAUGCUUGUAUUCUGUGUACCAGUUUUUAUUGCAUGUAUCUUCUUCUUGUCCAUAUAGUUUCUCAAAGCCCCGUGAGUGUUGAGAAUGAACACUGUUGCCAAAAUACUUAAAAGGGACUCGUUAAAGGUGGUGGGAAAGAGGGCGGGUGUGGAUCAGUAGAGCGGGUCGUCCAGUGACCGAAGGGUCGCCGGUUCGAACCCCGGCUCCGACUGUCCGUAUGUGGAAGUGUCCUUGGGCAAGACACCGAACCCUAAUUCGCUCCCAGUGAGCCUGGCAGCGCCUUGCACGGCAGCAGCCGCCCAGUGGUCAUCGGUGGAAUCAUUUACUGAUAAAAUAUUAGAUUUUCAAUCGCGUUGGAAAUCUCUGGCACGAGGCCGAUUCAAUACGUAACGAAGGUCUCCUGUCCCGAAACUGCGGCUGAUCUGAUUUGAUAUUAUCUGAUCCAUAAAAGCCCAAAUAUUGGGCUGAUCAUUAUAAUAUUAUUAUUUAUGAUAGUUUGAAGCUGUCAUGAGUAGAAAUGUCUGCACAUAUUUUGGCGAUGAUUGUUGACAGUUGUGGGACAUGAAGCCACGUUUCUUGGGUUCAUGCAUGAGGCUUGCAAGGAUGUGGUGCUCGCCCGGCGUGUUUGCGUCAUUUUAAUGAUGGCGUCCUCAUCCAUCCCAAUCCAUAAGUUUGCGUUUUUUCUUUUUGAAGCAUUCCACCUGACAGCUGCGAUAUACAAAUAUGACCAAUGACUGCCACUUCAUAGUAUGGUACAUUCCUUUUCCCACACCAGCGAUGCCAGUGCUUUUCAAUUUUGUUGAUGAAAAAGGGGCGUUCGAAAGGGAAUUAGUUAUUUACCAAUUGCCCCAAAAUGUAUUGAUAUUAUUGGAAAUGAGUGCCAGUUUCAUUUUCUUGAGCAUGCAUGCAUUUUGUCCAAUGUUUUAGUGAUGUCAAUAUCAAAUAAAUGAAUGAUUGAUUGAAAUAGACUGGAAAGAAAAAACUGACUUUUGGUGCGAAACUGUAACGUGUAUAUGUGAUCCUGAAUAAAGUACACUGCUUAAAACAGUGAGGGUGACUCCAUUUACUUGUAC